AUGAGUAACAGUCUAUUUAGUAGUAAAACCAAUCGGAGAUAUGCAGUAAAUGGUGACUAUAUUUUGCAGAAGGCUGCAGAACUAACCGCUGCAACUCUGUGUACAAAUAAUACAUCAAAAUUAUCGUUUAUACAGAUUAAGGGAGGAAUUACUAACUUGAUUUAUCGCGUAGAGAGUACAGAAUCUGACAAUAAGGUGCUGGUGCGAAUUUAUGGAGAUAAGACGGACUACAUAAUCAACCGAGAGAGGGAAAUGGCAAUUUGUGAGGUUUUAUUCAAAAUUGGCCUAUCUAAGAAUAUAUAUGGCUGCUUUGAGGGAGGCCAAAUCGAGGAAUGGAUUGAAGGGACCAUCAUGUCGGAUGAUAAUGUCAAAGACUCAAUUAUUAUGAAUGGAAUUGCCAAAACUAUGAAAAGGUUGCAUAGUGUACCUCUAUGCGACAAAUUUUACAUCAAAACUGAAGUCGAAGGAUACACGUCUAGCCUAUAUAAGGGGAAGUCAUUUCUCUUUGCUAAGAUAAAAAUGCUUUACCACAGGGUCAUGUCCAAGUCUAGUGACUUGAAAGCCAACUUUCCAGAAUUUGACUUUGGCAAAAUAAAACUCGACAUUGAAGUGCUGGAACAAAUAUGCGAUGAAGCUAAUUCGCCCGUAGUUCUGUGCCACGGAGAUUUACUUCCUGCAAAUAUAGUACUCACCAAAGAAGGAAUUAGAUUUAUAGACUUUGAGUAUUCCUGUCCCAUGGAAAGGGGCUAUGAUAUAGCAAAUCAUUUGAUGGAAUACACGGGAUGUCAAGCAGAUUGGUCAAGGCUACCCACACAUGAAGAGGAGAGUCAGUUUUUAAGUUACUACCUCGACACAUCAUCUACGGAAGAUAUUGAGAUCCUUAGGGAUGAGAUUAGACCAUUUUAUCUCGCAUCCAACCUCUUUUGGGGAUUGUGGGGUUUAUUUCAAUACUAUUAUUCCAACGUUGAUUUUUGCUUCGGCGACUAUGCCAAGAAGAAACUAAGAUUUUUCAUGUGUCCAGAACAGCGCAGUAAAUACGGCUGGAUUACAUCUUGA